AUGAGUUCUUUCUUGAUGGGCUAUCCGCAUCAUCACAUUCAAUCCAUGGGGAUUAAUAUUGAACCUAAGUUUCCUCCCAGCGAGGAUUAUCCAAGCUUCCAUAACGGAUAUGGUGCAGUCAAUGGUAUAACCCAAUCUGGAAAUCAGGAUUACUUGCACCAUGUUCAGUCCGAUUCACUACAUCUUUCUGGGGCGGUGGGUGCAGCCGAAAACGUAUCUACCGGCGGAAAUGCCCACGUUACCGGUAGCGGGAGUAAUGGUGGAGGUGGAGCCUCUUCGGGAUAUAACGAUUACUCAUCUUCGAUGGUGGGCCAUUAUUAUCACCACCCGCAUCAUCAUCACCAUCAUCACCACCAUCAUCCACAUGCUCAUCAUACACAUAAUGGAUAUGUGUCGCCAGUGCAGAUGCAGCCAACACCAACCACACCCAUCGCCCCACCCAUCCCUACGCUUGCACCUACUGUUCCGACUACGGCAUCAAACAGCUCUGUUGCCAGUCACAAUUCUUUCCCUACGAAUGUGGCUCCCGGGUACUACAACGGAUACUAUGCAGCCACAAAUCAAGGUCAUCCGUCUAUGAUGGAUACGCCACUGCAAUGUGUUGGUACCGAAGUAAGCAACACCGCAUUGGGACUUCAGGAACUUGGAAUGAAAUUGGAUAGGCGAAUAGAAGAAGCGGCUCCUACAGGGCAGCAGCUGCAAGAGCUAGGUAUGCGGUUACGUUGCGAUGAUGCCAGCUCCGAUCAGGACGAGUUUCUAGAUGAAGAACGCCUGAUGCUCGAUCGUUCUCCCGACGAGCUGGACUCCAACGAUGGUGAUAUGGAAGACCUGGACUCCGAUAAUGAUCUUGGCGACGAUUUGAUGCACGCAACUAGUGAUGGCGAACGUAUCAUUUAUCCUUGGAUGAAGAAAAUCCACGUCGCUGGCGUCGCUAAUGGAUCCUUUCAGCCAGGCAUGGAGCCAAAGCGACAACGAACCGCUUAUACCCGUCAUCAGAUACUAGAGCUGGAGAAAGAGUUUCACUACAAUCGUUACCUUACACGACGUCGACGGAUAGAAAUAGCCCAUACGUUGGUUCUUUCGGAGCGUCAGAUCAAAAUCUGGUUCCAAAACCGACGAAUGAAAUGGAAGAAAGACAAUAAACUACCUAAUACGAAAAAUGUGCGGAAGAAAACUGGCGACCAAAGCAAAUCGAACGCUAGUAACGCUUCUGGUCAGCCCGGAAGUGCAAACAACCAAAAAAAAGGUCGAAAAUCCAAUAGCUCCGUGUUAAGCACAAAAUCAAAACUUCAACAACAAAAUCACCAAAGCGAAUGCCUUCGGACAGACAGUCUUGAAAGCAUGACUGAUAUCCACGGUACAAUGGCGAAUGGCAACACCGGAUCCUCGCAGUAUAUCUCAUCUUCUGAUGUCAACGGUAUACUACCAUUGGCAAACGGAACUAGCGGGACCAACAGCUCUGGUAACGCCAUUCACAAUGACCAUCUUUCACAGCAUCAACAACUACAACAGCAUCAGCAGCUUCAACAUCAGCAACAUCAAUCUCAAUUGAACACCCAAUCAUCAAACAAUAAUAACAACAACACCAGCGCCGCCAGCAACAUGAACAGCGUCCAACAACAUUCCGUCGCUAUAAAAAAUGACUACGAUCUUACUGCGCUGUAG